GAUUUUUCAUUUUACAGAAUCUAUGGCUUUCAAUCGUCACAUACUGCUGUCAAAUGUAAUUGAUAGGAGCAUUUUCGUCAAUUCCGUUUACAAGAAAUAUAUUUAUUUACAGAAAGAAUAUUCCUUCGCUGUUUUCAAAAUGAAAGUGUGUGCAGAUAACUAUGCGUUAUUUCUUCAAACAAUAUGAAACCGUAACUUUAAUGCGUUUGUAUCUAGCGAAUGUGCUCUUCCCAAUAGCACGCCGCCUUCCCGGCCUUGGCACGUCGAUGUUUCCCGGUUUGCCUUUAACAGCCCGCCGUCUCCUCUCGGAUGCGCUGAAGUUGUCGGCGCGAACGGUGUCGCAACGUAACGGUCAGAUGGAGCGGGCCGUCGUGCGGUGCGUGCCCUCCGAGCCCAAGCUGACCAUUUCCUUCACUCUUGAUGGCAGUCAGCGACAAAUGCAGCGGGACCAGACGGAACAGCUGGGUAGAGUGCUGGCCCGCAUUGCCACCAAUGCGACCAAAGGGAAGAGCAAAGCAAAGAAAAGCAAGAAAAAUCGGUGCGAGCAGACUGCGGCCACCGAAACUGUGGUCGGGUUGUACUACAAGGACGAGGCGGUGGCCGAAGACGCCUUCAACUCCGAAGCCUGGCUGGACGGAUCGGUGCUGCAUGUUGGGGAGCGCCGUUACCGCGUUGAGAGAAACCCGCCGACGUUCAUCACCGUCGAGCUCCCGGCGUCUCUCCUGGCGGGCUUCCCCGUCUGUCCCAAGGUGGAGCUCGAGUUCGGCCAGCUGGAGCACUGCGCCUUCCAGUGGUUUAAGGAGGUGCGUCCCAACGCCGGGGUGGAGGGCCCGGAGGACUGCUGGGUGGAAGCGGGGAACGAGCGGGUCUUCAUCCCGCGCAACUUGGACAUUGGCCUGCAUAUAAAACUAAAAUGCACGCCGGGGAGUGGCGACAGGUACGGCGUGUCCCGCGAGCUGCUGUCUGCUGGCCCUGUGCAGGCGGGACCCGGCGUCUGCACCUUUGACCAGCGGCACGUAUACACGAGCAGGCUCACGGGCGGCGGGACCGUAAGGACGGUGUCCUACAACAUCCUGGCGGACAUCUACGCGCAGACCGAACUCUCCAAGAAUGUGUUGUACCCGUACUGCGCCCCGUACGCCCUGGACAUCGACUACAGGCAGAGCCUCAUCAAGAAGGAGCUCUCGGGCUACAACGCUGACAUCAUCUGCCUGCAGGAGGUCGACAAGAGCGUCUUCGCCGACAGCCUCGUCCCGGCGCUGGAUGCCUAUGGCAUGGAGGGGCUCUUCAAGGUUAAAGACAAGCAGCACGAAGGGCUCGCCACCUUCUAUAGACGCUCCAGGUUCAAACUACUGGCUCAGCAUGACGUGAAGCUCAGUGACGCUCUGGUGUCCGAUCCGCUUCACCGGGACCUUUUGAGCAAGAUCACCGACGGCAGCCCGGCCGCAAAGGAGAAAGCCUUGCAGCGCUCCACCAGCUUGCAGGUCACUGUCCUGCACGAUGUGAAUGAUCCUUCCAGACUAAUCUGUGUUGCAAACACGCACCUGUACUGGCACCCUAAAGGUGGAAAUAUUCGUCUGGUCCAGGCGGCCAUAUCCCUUCGCCACAUCCAGCAGGUAGCCAUGGAGCUGUAUGAGCACAUCCCUGUGAUUUUUGCCGGAGACUUCAACAGCACCCCAUCUUCUGGACUCUACGAGUUUGUCACCAAAGGUGAGAUCGCAGAAAGCCAUGAAGACUGGUUAUCGAAUGGGCCCGAGGAGCAGUGCAGCAUGUCUCUGAGCCACGCACUCAAGCUGAGCAGCGCAUGUGGUGAGCCGGCGUACACCAACUACGUGGCCGGUUACCGUGGCUGCCUUGACUAUAUCUUUGUCGAUAGCUCGGCUCUGAGUAUCGAGCAGGUGAUCCCACUGCCCAGCCAUGAGGAAGUAACUGCACAUCAGGCCCUGCCGAGUGUGUCGCACCCCUCCGACCACAUAGCGCUUAUUUGUGACCUGCAGUGGAAGUGACGUUUGAGCUAUUCUGUAACACAGAGCCGUACAGUUGCCAAGGUUGGCAGUAAAAGAGCUCUUGUGCAGUUUAACAGUUUUGUGGCUGACACUACGGUAGAGCGAUGGCCUUGUGUCAGGAUUACCCAGAAAGCAAAUGAAGUCUUGAGAUAACAAGAACUGGGAUGACGCCCAAGCCUGAAGGCUCCUUUAGACUGACUAGGCCUCUUAACUUUACUAAAAGUCGGCCCAUUUUGACUGAGCAGGAGUGCUGCUUUGUCCUCACUGUUCUUAUUUAUAAAGAUAUUCAGUCUCCA